AUGGCGAACCCAACGGCAUUUCAAACGGGAGCACUUCCUCCCCUACGUACCAACUGGGACCAAGUCUCGGAAUGGCUCAAAGCCGGCGACAACCUGUUGGAAGACUUGCACAAACGCCUGGAUGAAGCUCCCGAUGCCCUUGGCAGUGGCAAUAUGCCCGAUUUCGACACAGACAACGACAGUGACAAGGUAGCCGACCUGGCACUGAAAAUCGAAAACAUGGGCAAGAAGCUGAGAGAGCUUCAAAAGGAGUCCAAUGAGCAUGUCGAAAAUAUCGAUGCGCCCCGGCAAAGCCUCAGGCAAGUCAUGGACAAAGUACCUAACUUUAUCUCACAAAAUGUUGGCCUCAAUUCCGCGGCUACUCAAGACCUCUUGACACACUUCCUGGAAGCUUUCAAAACCCUGGACCCCAUUCGCGAGCUGUCCCCUAGUCACAAGACUGCUCUCUUCAAUGCCGAGGUACAACUGUUGCAGGAAAAGCUGUCAAUGUUGAAAACUCAAACAACGGCCAGGCCCGACGACCUGGAAGAAUGUCAACACACCAGUCAGGAGUCGCAAAGAAGUCUCAUCAAACUACGAGAAGAGUUGAAAGUCAAGCAAGACAAGAUCAGGUCGCUAGAACAAGACCUAGAGCAGUCCAAUUCAACAGUAGAUGAUACCAAGGCCCGUUGCGACAAGAAAAUCCAGCUACUCAAGGACUCGAACAAAAAGAAUGAAGAAGACAUGCAAACAUGGUUCAACGAGAAGACGGCCGAGGUCGAGAAGUGGAGUCUAGCCAUCCAAGACUACGAAAAGGAGAAAAAGGACAAUGUACAAAAGAUCAAGGACCUGGAGACCGAAGUUGCCAUGAAACAACAGACCCUAGACCGUCUGUCACAGAAGACCUCUCAGGCUGGACAUGUACAUGGUGUUGACGUGGAGGUCCUGCAGAGUGAAAAGGCUACUCUAGAGGAUGAGCUGUACUCACUCCGCCUACAAAACAAGGCAAGUGAGCAAGAAGCCGAGAUGCUUGGCUCACAAAUUCAGACGUUGGAGCAAGAGAAGAUGGUGGCCAUACAAGCCCAUCAAAAUGUCAAUCGGUUACUGCAGAAAGAAGUAGAGGACCGCAAGUCAUGGACUGAUGAGAUUGGGUUGCUAAAGCUGCAACUCGAAGAUGAAAAAACAGCGCACUCGGAAGCCAGAGAUGGAGAGAUCCAGGCGCUCGACGCGUUCAACCAGGGGCUCGAAGCACGUCAAGAGUUGGAGAAUGCCAAGAAGCUUGAAGAGGUCCAAAAGGUACACGCCCAAAGAGACCUUGAUGUACUGCGCUCUGAAAUAGAGUCUUUGAGGAAGAGUCAUGGCCAGCUUCUCGAAGAAAAGAAUAAAUCCCAGGAAGAUUUGGUCAACAUGACAAGACAGAGAGACGAAAUUGUCACGGAACGAGAUGGUUUUGAAAAGGACCUCGAGAAUAUGACUCGGCAGUAUGAAGAGGCAAAUGAACAAUCAAAGAGAUAUAGCAAUCUCUACAGGAACGUCUCAAAAGAAAAAGAACAUCUUGAGGGUUAG